AUGAUUACCGACUAUGACGUCGCUAUGUCAGCCAUGUCUGUGAUUAUAAUAGCUUUAAGUCAGCCCCCAAAAAGACGUCCAAGAAGAUUUUGGAUUCGCCCGAGCCUUAGGAGAGGACGGCAGCUGUACAGGACGAGCGAAUUGAUAAAAGAUUUAAUUUUGGAUGAAGCAGACCCGCUGAAUUUGGAAUACCGAAAUGACGUUGGUUUCACCAACUUUUUUCGAAUGCAGCGAUCGGACUUUCAAACGCUACUCGACAAGGUUGGACCCAAUACCUGUUAUAGAGAUGCUAUUCCAGCAAGCGAACGAUUAGCUGCCACUCUACGCUUCAUUGCGACUGGUGAUUCGUACCACUCACUAAUGUAUGUUUUGAAGAUCUCCAAACAAUGUAUCUCUAAAUUCGUACCUGAAGUUUGUGACGCCAUUGUAGAGGCCCUUCAAGAUUACAUUAAGGUAAGGAAAAUUAAACAACAUUAA